AUGGACAAGUCCAACAAUGAGGAGUUUGGCACAUCAGGCCUGAUGAAGUCUGUUGUAGCAACUGCCAGGCAAAGUGUCCAUUUCCAUGAUAGCCUGGACCAAUACCUGAUGGUGAAGAUGGAGGCCAUGGACGAAAACGACAUCGAUUAUCAUACACCAAUAUUGAAAAGGAAAGAUGGCAUUGCCAUGGCAGACAAGUCAUAUGGCCCACAUAGCCGACGCUGCACUGAGGCUGCUGCAUGGCUUAAAACAAUGAUACAGGAGGCAACAUGUGUAAGCGAGCUCAGGACCGACUGGAGGGUUGCAAACAUACUUCCAUUCUUACUUGAGCAUCAUCUCUGUUUUGCCGGCUGGCAUCACGGCAUCCGACAUUUGAACAAGUCGCUCCCUUGUGAUUGGACCCCACAUGAGUCUGCUCAGGGUAUGAUGCAGCUCUACCACUCCGACCCUGAACAGAAAUUGAGAAUAGAGACAAUGACAGAAGAGGAGUAUGAGAAGUGUGAGGUGCUCCAUCACGCACCUAAUGCAAAUGGGAGUGUUGGCAAAUACAUGCUACCCGAAAAUGAGGUGAGGAGGGCAGUUGCCAAAGCUGCGCUCACCAUGGCACGACCUAUGAAACACAAGGCAGACUUACCAGACUCACUGGAAGGGAAUACGGUUGGAGACAGUAAGAUAGAGUCUCCAUCUCCCAAGCGAGUUAGGAAGAAGUCCAAAGCCACCUGCACACAUGCUCCAGCAAAGGCCAAGCCUCCUCGCAUGGUUCCUGGGAACAACAGUCAGGUGAAUGAAGCUAGACUGCCACAGAAUAAGGUGGCAGGACCACAGGGUGACGAUGUGAGAUGGGCGGAAACGGACGACUCCGGAGCGGAAUCGGAGACUUAG